AUGCUAAAACAAGUCAUGACGUCUUCAUCAGUAGCCAAACCAAUGUUAUUAGCAACUGCAAACAAGAAUAAAGGUUAUUAUCAAACUAAUAGCACCAUCACCAGCACUACUACUACCACCACUACUAUUAUUGCCCCGGGUAAUAGUGAUAAAAGCAAUGUCUACACUACUGUUGACAGUAACAAAGACAACAACGCUUUAACUGAGUAUAUUAAAAACACCUAUUUGCACUUCAACAAUGUAAUACCGAAAUAUAUGAAAAUAACAUCCAUUGUAACUACCAGUACUACUACGUCACGUACAAAGAUGGAUUUUGAUACUUAUAAACAAGAAAUUGAACAACAAUUAGAAAUUAAUUCCAAGCAUUUGAAAAUGAUUGAAGAAAAUAAUUACGUUGGUGCGAAUUGUCCUAAGUUGGACGCAUAUUUAAAUGGAAAAUGUGUUUCAAAUGCGAAUAGUAAUGGUUCGAGAUGUGACCGAGUUUUCUUUUUUGAUAUUGACAACUGUCUAUACAAAAAAAGCUUGAAAAUUCAUGAUCUAAUGCAAAUAUAUAUUAGAAAGUUUUUCCUGUACGCUUUAAACUUGCCAAAUGAGGAGGCAGCAGCCGAGUUGAAUGCAAAGUACUAUAAAGAGUAUGGGUUGGCUAUUAAGGGUUUACUAGAAAACCACUCGGAACUAGGGAUUGAUGCAUUAGAAUACAAUCGGUUGGUAGAUGAUGCAUUGCCGUUGCAAAAAAUCUUGAAACCAGAUAUGAAAUUAAGAAAGAUACUAUGUGAUUUGAAAGACUCGAAUAAAAUAGAUAAACUGUGGUUAUUUACUAAUGCUUAUAGAACACAUGCUAUGAGGGUAGUUAAAAUAUUGGGGAUUGCAGAUUUAUUUGAUGGUAUUACUUAUUGUGAUUAUGCUCGUAACGAUAAAAUGAUUUGCAAACCUGAUCCCUUGUGUUAUGAGUUGGCAUUAAAGGAAAGUGGAUUAUCUGGUGUUUCUGGUAAGAAUGCAUAUUUCAUUGAUGAUAGCUUGGAUAAUAUUAAAACUGCGAAUAAUUUGAAUUUUUGCAAAGCUAUCCAUAUAGAUGAAUAUUAUGAGGAUAGUAAUGAAGAUUUCAAAAGAAAUGGUAUUUAUACGAUUAAAAGUUUUAAGGAAUUACCAAAAGUGGUUCCUGAAUUAUUUUAA